CACUAACCAGGCGGGUGCCACCCUGGAUCUAUAACUGUGAAUUCCCCACGGUGGAAAAUGGUAAACAAAGACAUGAAUGGAUUCCCAGUCAAGAAAUGCUCAGCCUUCCAAUUUUUUAAGAAGCGGGUACGAAGAUGGAUCAAGAGCCCAGUGGUCAGUGUGGACAAGCAUCAGAGUCCCAGACUGAAGUACACUGGCUCCUCGAUGGUGCACAUCCCUCCAGAAGAGCCAGACUUUGAGCCUCCCUUGUGUCAAACAUGCCUGGGUGAACAUGCUUUCCAAAGAGGGGUUCUCCCUCAGGAGAAGGAGUCGUGUUCGUGGGAAACCCAAUCUGGGUGUGAAGUAAGUUCACGUUCGCUCUGGAUCUAUUCUCCUGGAAAAAUUCUGGGCCUUUGUUUUUCUUGUAUUUCUGCCAUAGUAUACCCCAAAACUAAUUUUAAAUGCACAUUUACAAAGCUUCUGAGGAGGACCCAGAAUUGUGGUCUUUGUUAG